AUUUUAAAGGGUGCCUCAGGACUGUUCAUAAUUUUAAAGGGUGCCUCGGGACUGUCCAUAAUUUUAAAGGGUGCCUCGGGACUGUCCAUAAUUUUAAAGGGUGCCUCGGGACUGUCCAUAAUUUUAACGGGUGCCCUAAGACUGUCCAUAAUUUUAAAGGGUGCCCUCAAGACUGUCCAUAAUUUUAAAGGGUGCCUCAAGACUACUGUCCAUAAUUUUAAAGGGUGUCUCGGAACUGUCCAUAAUUUUAAAGGGUUCCUCGGGACUGUCCAUAAUUUAAAGGGUUCCUCGGGACUGUCC